AUGUGCAGAGUCACCUUGACUGUUGCUACGAGUGGCACCUCUCACAAUUAUGUGGAAGUAUGGCUUCCUUCAGGAAACAACCCUUGGAAUGGCAGAAUGUUGCAUACUUACAAUGGUGGUCUGGCUGGCUGCGUCGAAUACAAGGAUAUGAAGUAUAUGAGCUCGCUGUCCUUUGCUACUGUCGGAGAUAACGGAGGUCACAACUCAACAACUGCGGAUGGAUCGAAAUUGCUCAACGACAAUGAGGCAGUGAUUGAUCUUUCAUACCGCUCAAGACAUCUUGCCGUUGUUGCUGCAAAGCAGGUUAUCAAGGCAUAUUACAGUCAACCUGCUAGCUACAAUUAUUACGUUGGCUGCAGUACAGGAGGACGGCAAGGAUUGAAGUCUGCUCAAGAAUUCCCUGACGAUUUUGAUGGCAUUCUUGCUGGCUCAGCUGCCGCCGAUUUCAACCACCUUUCCGACUGGACUUCCAGAUUUCUGUUGAUCACUGGCUUCGGCAAGGACGAUAGAACUCUCUCCAAGGAUCAAUGGGUCUAUGUUCACGGUGAAAUCCUUAACCAAUGCGAUGAGCCGUUGGAUGGUGUUGCAGACGGCAUCAUCGAAGACCCGACCAUCUGCGAGUUUGAUUCUUCGAAGCUGCGUUGCGGCACCAGCUCUGAUUCUCGCUGUCUCACUCAGACUCAGGUCCAGACUGUCAACGACGUUUACUCGGAAUUGUACGAUCAGGAUGGAACCCUCCUCUAUCCCUCUCUGUCACUAGGAGCCGAACUCGUUGCAUCCCAACAAGGCCUCUUCUCUGGCUCAGUCAUUGGCAAUGCUGCAAACUGGAUCUCCAACGCAGUAUACAACGACAGCAACUGGGACCCCACAACCCUGAACCAAGACACCUACACCAAGGGUGACGAAACCGAUGUCCUUCACGGCAACAUCUCCACCUGGAACGGCGACCUUAGUCCCUUCCGCGAAGCCGGCGGCAAACUAAUGAUGUACCACGGUCUCGCAGACCCCAACAUCGCAGGCGAGAACUCGCAACGCUAUUACCUUCACGUUGCCAAAACAAUGGGUGCCUCCGACACAGAGCUCGACGAAUUCUUCCGCUUCUUCCGCAUCUCUGGUGGUGAUCAUUGUAGUUCUGGAGGCGCAGGUGCUUGGGAGUUUGGUCAGAUUGCUGCUGGUAGAUAUGGUCGCCACAGUGCUAUCGAUCAAUUGGUCGCUUGGACUGAGAAUGGCGUUGCACCUGAUACCAUCACAGGCACUAAAUUUGUUAAUGAUGAUCCUGGUCAGGGUGUUGCUUUUGAGCGUGCUCAUUGCAAGUUCCCUUAUCGCACUACUUACAAGGGUCCGGACUUUGAUCCUAAUGUCACUACCAGCUGGACUUGCGAGAAGAUCAACAACUGGCAGGAGUGUGGUCCCGGAGCACUUCCCAGACUGUGCUAA